CUCCCUCCCUUCGGCUCUGUCUGCGGCGGCUGCUUCCCUCCCGCCCUAAGUUCCGGUGCUGCCGCCGCCGGAGCGGUCCGCGGACACCCACGCACGGCUCGCGGUAGCCCUGCUCGCCACCGGGCACUUCCGAUCGCCGGUGGGCGAGUGCCCGCCGAUUUCCUGCGGCGGGGAGCAAAGCGGAGGCCGUUCCAGACCUUCCAGCCCGGCGCGGGGCAGGCGUGUACAUCGCUCGCCAUCCGGGGCGCGCGCGGGCCUCCGGAGACCCCAGCGGCGACCCGUAGCUCGGGCGCGCGCCUGUCGCAGCCCGCAGGAAGGAGGCGGCCUGAGGCCCGGGGCGGCGGCCGCCAUGGAGAUCCCCUCGGCCCAGGGCCGGUGCCUGGGGCCUCGGGGGCGGCCCUGAUCGUCCUUCUCCCCGCCCGGGCCGGGUCACAGUUGUGCCUCCGGCGGCGCUCGGCCACCUCUGUGUCUCCGCCCUCGCUGGGCCGCGCUGCUGCCUGGGCGCGGCGGCGGCGCCCUGUUGAAUGGGCUGUGAGGGCCCGGGUCUGAAGUGCUGGUGGACGCGGCCUCCGGGGGCGCAAGGCAGCAGCAGCGGUGGCGACCAAACGGGUGUUGGAGUUGGCAGCGGCCAUGGAGGGCCUGGCUGGCUAUGUGUACAAGGCGGCCAGCGAGGGCAAGGUGCUCACUCUGGCUGCCUUGCUCCUUAACCGGUCAGAGAGCGAUAUCCGCUACCUGCUGGGCUAUGUCAGUCAGCAGGGAGGACAACGCUCCACACCCCUCAUCAUCGCAGCCCGCAAUGGGCACGCCAAGGUGGUGCGCUUGCUGUUAGAACACUACCGUGUGCAGACCCAGCAGACUGGCACCGUCCGCUUCGACGGGUAUGUCAUUGACGGUGCCACUGCUCUUUGGUGUGCUGCGGGAGCCGGACAUUUUGAAGUUGUUAAGCUUCUAGUCAGUCAUGGAGCCAACGUGAACCACACCACAGUCACUAACUCAACUCCACUGCGGGCAGCAUGCUUUGAUGGCAGACUGGACAUUGUGAAAUAUUUGGUUGAAAAUAACGCCAAUAUCAGCAUUGCCAACAAGUAUGACAACACCUGCCUGAUGAUUGCAGCGUAUAAGGGGCACACUGAUGUGGUCAGAUACCUCUUAGAACAACGUGCUGACCCCAACGCCAAAGCACACUGUGGAGCCACAGCCCUGCACUUCGCAGCCGAAGCUGGUCACAUUGACAUUGUGAAAGAACUGAUAAAAUGGCGAGCCGCAAUAGUAGUGAACGGCCAUGGGAUGACACCAUUGAAGGUAGCUGCUGAAAGCUGUAAAGCCGAUGUCGUUGAACUGCUGCUCUCUCAUGCCGACUGUGACCGCAGAAGCCGGAUUGAAGCCUUGGAGCUCUUGGGUGCCUCCUUUGCAAAUGACCGUGAGAACUAUGACAUCAUGAAGACAUACCACUAUUUAUAUCUAGCUAUGUUGGAGAGGUUUCAGGAUGGUGACAACAUUCUUGAAAAAGAGAUUCUCCCACCCAUCCAUGCUUAUGGGAACAGAACUGAGUGUAGGAACCCACAGGAAUUGGAGGCUAUUCGGCAAGACAGAGAUGCUCUUCACAUGGAGGGCCUUAUAGUGCGGGAACGGAUUCUAGGUGCUGACAACAUCGAUGUUUCCCACCCCAUCAUUUACAGAGGAGCUGUCUAUGCUGAUAACAUGGAGUUUGAGCAGUGCAUCAAAUUGUGGCUGCACGCGCUACACCUCAGACAGAAAGGUAAUAGGAAUACCCAUAAGGAUCUGCUUCGGUUUGCUCAAGUCUUCUCACAGAUGAUACACCUCAAUGAAGCUGUGAAGGCCCCAGACAUAGAAUGUGUUUUGAGAUGCAGUGUCUUAGAAAUAGAGCAGAGCAUGAACAGAGUUAAAAAUAUCUCCGAUGCUGAUGUCCACAGUGCCAUGGAUAACUAUGAGUGUAACCUCUAUACCUUUCUGUACCUUGUGUGCAUCUCCACCAAGACACAGUGUAGUGAAGAAGACCAGUGCAGAAUUAACAAGCAGAUCUACAACCUGAUUCACCUGGACCCCAGAACACGGGAAGGCUUCACCUUGCUACACCUGGCUGUCAACUCGAACACACCAGUCGAUGACUUCCACACCAACGAUGUCUGCAGCUUUCCCAACGCACUGGUCACAAAGCUCCUGCUGGACUGUGGCGCUGAGGUAAAUGCCGUGGACAAUGAGGGGAACAGUGCCCUCCACAUUAUCGUCCAGUACAACAGGCCCAUCAGUGAUUUUCUGACCUUGCACUCCAUCAUCAUCAGCCUUGUGGAGGCUGGAGCUCACACCGACAUGACAAACAAGCAGAAUAAAACUCCGCUAGACAAAAGUACAACUGGGGUGUCUGAAAUACUACUUAAAACUCAGAUGAAGAUGAGCCUCAAGUGCCUGGCUGCCCGAGCAGUUCGGGCUAAUGACAUUAACUACCAAGACCAGAUCCCCCGGACUCUGGAAGAGUUUGUUGGAUUUCAUUAAGUGACUGGAUGUGUAAAAUCGUUUAAUGUGGUGCUAAAAAAGUAAAGGACUUUAAUCACAGACAAUAGAAUUCUGUGUUUGUAAAUUCUCCUUUUCUUUCCACUAUCCUUUCAGCCCAUCGUCCUUGGUUCCGUGUGCCUCUUUUCUCACGUGGUCUUGAGUUCAGCACACUAAACAGCAGCGCUGUUCAGGUGUAACUGGAAGGUGUUUGGACAUUUGUUUGUUUCUUUUUCUUUCUUUCUUUUUUUUUUUUAAAGGAAUGAAUGUAAGAUUUUUGUGUAAUAGGGGCAUUUGUGAUUUAAAAUUGAUGAUGUUUUAAACAGCUGCCUACAAAAGUAUUUCUGUUAAGCUGAUGUCAGCAUGUCAUCCGUGCAGCAGUUUUGAGGAUUUCAUGAAGAAAAUGAACUAAAAAGGAACACUGGGAGCAGUGGGAGAUGCUCAAGCCCUGCAUGGAUGGUUCUCACCUCACUGUGUGUGCAGUGAUACAGCACAUUUUACACCAGAAGGACUUGAAACACUUAGCUACUGAUUAAUAAUCUGAAAACGAUGUGCAGUUAUUGUUGGAAAGUUGAAUUCCUGAAAAUCGUUGUGUUCUGCUGGGUAGUGUCUUCUAACUGGUGAUCUUAGCCCAACCUUGCGGACAUUGCUAGAUUCCAGCCUUAGGCUUGAAUUCUUCUGGUCUCCGAUGUAAUGAUGGAUCUAAAUUGCAUUUAUGCGUUUGAUUUGGCUCAGACCUAAAUAAGGAGCACGCUGUAUUAUGAAACAUUGUCACAGUAUAGCUAGACAUUGUACAUGUCCUAUUCUAGCCUUCCCUUGUGUGUUGUAUCUUUAAAAACUGGAAACUGCCUUUCCAGAGGGCAUUUGUGUCUCCCUGAUUAGAUGUAAGAUGAAAAGGAAUGAGGACACAUUUGUGAUGUUUUUACUUAGUCCAUUGUAAGAUGUAGGAAAACCAGGAGUAGGGUAUAGGACAUGAAGUAUUUGAUGAGGAACAUGACUCUCAGUGUCACACGAGAAGUAUGUCUCAGAGCUGUUGACUUUCCUAUCACAGAAUGUGGUACUGAGGGCUUUGGUUUUCUUGCUUUUUUUUUUUUUUUUUCCAGCAACAUUUUAACUCUAGAGUAUUCUGUGAGUUUUCUCUUAAGCAUCACAGAAACUCAAAUUGAAGGAGCACCAGCUUCUACUGAUGCUGGAGAUGAGAAUGAAAGUAAAACUAGUUGUUCCUGUAAUUUUCUCUAGUGCCAAAUGAAUGCCUGAGCUACCCCUAGUGCAUGGUACCAUGCGUGGAGACCCACAGCUUCUUGUUUUCCUCUAGUGAAAAGCAUCGUCAUGAUACAACUUCAGAUAGAAACUUUAAACAACCUGUAAGGUUUCACAAAUACUUUACCUGUGGAUAUUGCUUUUAAAACAUAGGAGAAUGGUUGCAGCUAGAACAGCAGUACAAAGUGACCAAGCCAAAACCAGCACCUAGGGGCCUUAAACAGAGAUACCCCACAGAGUGAGAUACCAGAGAGGGCGGGAAAGGAGACUGAAAGUUUCCUGCUCCAAGGGUGCAAGACGCAGUUGCUGUAGUUGUGCUUCAUGUGUGUCCUUGUGUUAGUUAUUCCCUAAUUUGAGAGUUUACAUGGAAGGCUUUUUUUUAUGGCUUAAAGGGAGGUGUUGGAAUGCCCUAAUUUGGGAACUUCUGACCUAGACCUCUUGGUGUGACUUAAGGAGAUACUGAUUCACUUUGCUCUGGCAGCUCUCCGUGGCUGGGAAGAAAUGACAGGCUGCACAAGGUGAGUCAGCCCUGCCUCCUCCCAGGCUCAGGUCAGGUCUUUCCUUUUCGGACUCUAAGGCGCAAUGAGGACAGUGAAGAAUAGCUGUGAAACUUAGUAUUCAGUUGGUUCCAUUUUUAAUGUAUAUGAUUUUUAAGCACCCAAACUUAAAGUAUCUAUCAGAUAAUACUGCAUUUUUGUUUUUGGUUUUUUGUUUUGAGACAGGGUUUCUCUGUGUAGCCCGGGCUGUCCUGGAACUCACUUUGUAGACCAGGCUGGCCUCUAACUCAGAAAUCCGCCUGCCUCUGCCUCCCAAGUGCUGGGAUUAAAGGCGUGCACCAUCACUGCCUGGCUUUAAAAACAUUUUUCCUCCUUCACUACCCAGGACCAACGCUGUCUGUCCUAAGACAUUAUUUAUAUAUGAGGAUAAUAAUGUGCAUAUUCAGAUGUAGAACUGAAGGACAGCUUUUGAAGGAGGGAAGACAGUGCUGAGGAGAGUGGAGUGAACAGAACAGUGCUGGUGGGGAGCUAGCUAGAUUUGUUUAGUUGACGUUGUGCACUCUUGCUGAGGGUCUUACUGUCUGGACCAUCACUCCAGACUCUCAUUGUGGAACACCUGUAUAAAGCCAUCAUAGGAAGAAGUGGUCCUCAUGUUUCCAUUGUUUUUGGUGGAAUUCUUUGAAAAUGUGCUCAGCCAAAUGUUCCAUGAACUUUUUUUUUCCUUAAAGAAAAGUAGGUGUGAAAGGUGGUAGCAUUGUAGCUAGUUCACUAGGCUGUCUUCUGUUGCAACCAUGUUUGUCAUUUGAUGUUUGUUAUUGGUAGAAUCAUGCUUUGAAUUGUAACUCUUCCUUGAUAGUGUUAGUGAUUUUCCCAGAAUAUGUCACUUGUGUAAAUUGUCACAUAAGUUUGCAUGAGCCAGGAGUGCAGGAGGGUGCUUUUCACUUUUCAUGCAGUUAAUUGAAACCUUACACUUCAGUGACUGACCCUAGUCUGGGCAGCAAAGCUGUCCUCUUGCUGAAGAAAGGGCAGCUGACGCUGACACUUUGGCUUCCCAUAGUCUACUGCCUGGAGGCUCCUCACUGUGGGAACUUCAUACAUGCAAACCCGGGCGGCCCAUCUGCCAGGUGCCUCUGGUUUGCUAGUCUCUGAGAGGGGUUUUGAUCUCAUUAUAUUAAUAGUUGCUAAAUGGUUAUUUGAGGACUUAGACGUGACAGCAUUGUUUGACAUAAACUAUGGUUAGGGAUUAACACUUCCCUAAAGGCAACACUGUUUUAGACAAAUCUUUCUGAAAGUUCAAGUCCUAGAGAGGAGUUCUUUGUUGUAAUCGAGGCAUGGAGUUAAACUGAGGUCGCUUUGGAUAAUUCAAGCAGCAGAAUGUCCUUGUUCUUGGACAAGCCAAAGGACCUGCGCUAUCUGGUUGAGAAGCAGCCAGUGGCUGAACUUGAGUAGGUGGGUUAAAGUAUCUGUAUCUCAUGACAGUUGUUAAAAUCCAGAGUGUACUUUAUCGGCUACCCAGAAUUCAGUGCACACAGAAGUGCACCCUUCUCAUGACUUCCUGCAACAGAGAGAGAAGAGUAAAACCCUCAGCUCUCCCUGCGUUCAGAUUCUAAGCUGUGCGCACUCCCACUUUGAAAGUGUACAGCUCCAUUCUGGAUAUCAUCUGACAGCCCCUCGACAUGUACAUACACUGAGGGGCUUUCUUUGAAGUUUCUGGCAGACCUGCCAGAGAUGGGCCAGGCAUACAGCAGCCCCUUUCUCAUACCUGGGAUCUAGAACAAAUCCUAUUGUGACAAUGCUGAUACACUGACUACUACAAAUGUAAAGUAAAUGUGGUCUCUAGUCCUAGGUUUGUGGAGUGUACCUUUGUGUUAACGUGUAGGGAAGGGACAGCGGUUUGAUGGUUAUGGGGAGUGUAUCAUUGAUGUAUCUGCAGGGGCGAAUACUGCUAAAUUACAGCUUUACAGCUUCCCUUUAGGGGUGAAUCACGGGAUGAGUAGCCUCAUCAGAAAAAUGAAGGCAUGAAGAUGCAAGCCUGCUAGGCGAGGACACAGGCAGGCUUUGCACCUGUUUCCUAUCAGGUAUUGUAAAAUGUGUGCAUGGCUUUUUGUUGUUGUUGUUGCUCAGUAAUCGGUAGAGGAGAAGAGAUGAGGGGACCUUACCCCGAAAGCUUUCCUAACCAGUCUUUUCAGAGGUACAUAGCUGGGAAAUAAAAUCUGGCCUUAACCUACUGGCAGGACCCUGUCCGUGGUAAUGUUCACCGCACCCUGCAGUCCUCGGUGCAGAGGAGCUACAUAGUUGUAGUGUAGUAAUUCACCGUGGUUUACUGCGAGCCAGUGACGUCAUUCAAUCGUGCACUCUUGUCAAGCCAUUUAUGUGACUCUAAUAAGCUUAGUAACUUUGCUGACUGCACCGGGGCCUAUCAGUGACUUAUAUAUUGCAUGAUGUCUUCUACUUGAGUUUGACAUGUAGAACCACCUUUGAUUUCAUGGCAAUUGACAGUCCUAAUGGCUCAGCUAAUUUGAAACUAACAACUUUGCUGUGUAAAAGGAAAAAAAUGGUGUUGUGUUCAGUAAAUGUUUGAAAAAAAAAAAAGUAUCUUGAAGUUUGUGUCUUUAUUGUUCAAUGUGAGAUCUUUUGUUGAGUUUUUUUUCAAAAGGGUUGUUGAUGUUAUACAUGUGUGGGGUGGAAUCCUCUAUUAAAAAAGCUCAAAUAGUAAAGCCAAGCUCUCCUCAUGUCCACUUGGACUCUGUAGAGACAAAAUCAUAAAAUGUCUUUUUAGCAGCUUCCCAUAACAUUUUCUGUAUGUGUAUGUAUCAUUUAUUUUCACUUGAAAAAUGCAGAUGGACUUCAUGUUUAUUAUUUAAUAUUUUAAGCAUGUUUUCAUUCCUCAUCUGUACAUUGAAAAAUACAUUAACUUCAUAGCACAUA